AUGCCAUCUAAAGCUGGAUCAACAACAUCACCCGAAAGAAAAGAGGGCACUGCUGGUGGUCCGCCUUCAAAGACUGUAGAAAUUCAAAAACAAAUUGAUCAGACAGUAGAAGUUAUACGUGAUAAUAUUAAAUCUGUUGCCGGAAGGGGAGAGAAAUUAGAUAAUUUACAAGAUAAAACUGAAAAUCUGUCAGAAUCGGCAAAAGGAUUUCAUCUUUUCUCAAAUGAA